CGAGCAGCAGGAGUGUGCAGUGCCGUGCCGUGCAGCGCGACUUGGAUCGGAUCAGCUCGCGGUUGCGUGAGGCGCUAGUCUAGCCGGGCUCGGGGCAUGUGGGUGGCGGUGACCGGCGCGACGGGGUUCAUGGGGGGCCGCCUGUGCGCGGCGCUGGCCGACGCCGGCCACGACGUGCGCGCCUUCGCGCUUCGCGGCGUCGACGUCUCCGGCCUCCCUCCCUCGGUCGAGGUGGCCUACGGCGACGUCACCGACGAGGGCUCGCUCGUCGCCGCCUUCCACGGGUGCGACGCCGUGUUCCACGCCGCCGCGGCCGUUGAGGCGUGGCUCCCCGACCCCUCCGUUUUUUACACUGUCAAUGUUGGGGGGCUUGAGAAUGUGUUAAAGGCUGCCAAGAGAACACCAACAGUGAAAAAGAUAGUUUACACAUCGUCAUACUUCGCAAUUGGCCCAACCGAUGGUUAUGUCGCGGAUGAGACACAGAUGCAUCGAGGGAAAACAUUUUGCACAGAGUAUGAGAAAUCAAAGUUUCUAGCAGAUAAUAUGGCACUGCAGGCAGCAGCGAAGGGGGUGCCAAUCACCGUUGUCUACCCAGGUGUUAUGUACGGCCCUGGAGCACUUACAACUGGAAAUCUUAUUUCCCGCGUUUUAAUCGAAAGGUUUAAUGGGCGUCUACCUGGUUACAUAGGAAAAGGGUAUGAUAGAGAAUCUUUCUGCCAUGUUGAUGAUGUAGUUAGUGGGCACAUAGCGGCUAUGGAGAAGGGCAGAGUAGGCGAAAGAUAUCUCCUUACUGGAGAUAACAUGUCAUUCAUGCAGAUUUUCAAUUUGGCUGCUAAGAUUACCAACUCAAAGCCACCCAAAUUCCACUUACCUCUCUGGUUGCUUGAAAUAUAUGGGUGGAUUUCAGUUUUUGUUGCUCGCAUCACUGGAAAGACCCCCCUUAUCAGUUACCCUGUAUGUCAAUUAUUCUCCAUUUUAAAAAAAAAAUCAAGUUUAUUACUUGCACAUAAACCAUGCUUUGGGUUAAUAUAUAGUUGGUCUAUAAUGUGCAUAUUGCAGGGAGUGCGUUGUCUUAGACAUCAAUGGGCAUACUCAUGUGACAAAGCCAAGAAGGAGCUGGGCUAUGCUCCGAGAAACUUAACUGAAGGUUUGUCGGAGACGCUCUUGUGGCUGAAGAAUGAGAAAUUGAUCAAAUUUUAGUGUUCUGCACUUCUUUAUUUGAGAGUCAUUUUGAUCAUGACAUCAAACAAAAGUUGUAUAUAAGACAUGAAUUACGAAGUUGCGAAAUUGCUGGGAAGGGCAUAUAACAGGGUAAUGUUCACCAAUCAAAACCCUCGCAACACGUCAAUGUAACUCCCCAGCUUUUUCUUGCUGCUAGCUUCCAUGGAAUGGUUCCACGGUUUGCAAAGUAAAUGCUGUCAGUUUUCUAGGAUACCUACAGAACAAAUGGAACAACAUGAUUAUCUAUUGAAUGGGAGAAACACAUGUUUUUAGCUCC